GCAUGGUGUUUUUGCAACAGUAUAUGUAUGAGGUGGUUUUCGUAGAUGCGUGUUGGGUUGUUUUCUUCUAUGCUUGCUUAGCGAAUGUCGGAUGGUAUGGGUUUAUUUCUUUAAAUGCAUUUCGUUGCUUUGCGUCUAUCUAUUCCUAGACCUGUGCCUGUCCUUCUGCGGUUUUCUGUUGCGUUUCGAGAAUCGUGAUUUUGUCGCAGAGUCUCUUAUAAGCAUCGUCAAUCUGAUAAAUUGUGUCUGUUAGAAAAUAACAUGACGAAAAAAGUCGGUAUGGAGGGUUUAUACUUACGUCUUCAAGCAGUCGUUUCGCUUCAGACUCAGUCUCUUCAGCAAGAGAAUGACUGUUCACAACUUCUUCAGCUAAUCGAGCUUUGACUUGUGCAAUUGAAUGUGGAGGGCCGUGAGUAGCUUCUUGUGCCAGUGCUUCUAAUUGAAAGCCAGAUGCUGUAGUGAGUUAAUGUUUUGCUUUAGAUCGAAUAAAGACGCAUGAUUCUUGUUUUUAUUUUUAUCGUGUAAAAAUUCAAAUUCAUACGUGCGUAAAUGGCCUUGAUCGUUUCUGAAAUAACGAACUGUCAAUCACGCUAACAUACUUCUGUACUUGUCACCGUAUUUUCUAAUAAAUUGCAGUGAUCUGUAUAUUUCGAUUGGCAAAUUAUCAGUAACUGAAGUGCCGAGAACGAAUUAGUAGUUAUACUAAACAGAACAAAAAUCCCUACACUCGGUAAAAUCCAGAGGAUUAAUAGAGUUGUCAAUGUUAGAUUGUGUUUCUUUUUCCAUCAUUACAGGAAAAAAGUGAUGUUUUUCUUCGUCUGGCCUGUUCAAGUUUUUUCAAAGGUUUAGUAACGAAAUAAUAUUAGGAAAAAAGUACAUAGAAAUUCAAGCACAAUUGUAUAGACUGAAAAGCUGGAUUUAAAUUUUAACCUUUACACAAAGCAACAUAAUAAGGACGAGAAGACUUUAAGGUGAUUAUUUCGUUUGUUGCAAUGAUGCGUGCUACUGUCAGCAUACACAGAUUUUUCUCCAGCACUAUAUGAUUACAGACGUAUUCGCAGUUACGGUGUGCAGUUAUACUGGUACUAUAUAACUGCUAGGGUAUCUGUUUCAAACAAACUAACGGGCCAUUUUUCAUUGUGUACAUCAAAUACCAGUUUCUAGAUAUUUAAAAAAAGGCUUUAUUAAAACGAUGUGCCUAUAAAUGCUGCUUCCUUCUUUCACUUCUAAUGACAAUUGUUUGUGAAUAAAAAAAAAUAAAAAAUAAAAAAUAAAAAAAUUUAACCCAGCUAUUCACUGACCCUUAGUAUAAUCUAUUCAAUGUCUCCAUCUAAGCCAAAAUCUAUAUUGAUCAACGAAAACUAAUACUCAGUUCAUGUAUCUUACUCAAUAGUAAUGUAGUCCGGGUCAUUAAGAGUCUGGUAAAAUAAUGAGGUACCUUGUCCAAAUAAAUGCAAUACACAACGUAUUAUAGCAUAAUUAGAACAAAGUACACUCUUCUCAUUACAUAACGUAAUUCUCUCUCUGUUUUGUUCGAUUUAUUGCUGCAAUUUGGCACGCUCGCUCGCUGUCUCCCUACCAGAACGUGUCUCAGCAAAUGCGAAUUUUAUGUGUCGCUGAAAAGAAUUCUAUUGCAAAAAGCGUUGCUAGCAUUUUAGGUGGAGGCCAUUUUCGUCGUAGAGACACAAAGAGUAAAUACAUCAAAAAUUAUGAUUUUGAUUACGAUUUUGGAGGCCAACUGGGUGAUUGCAACGUUACAAUGACUGCAGUGUCGGGUCAUUUAACAGAAGCAUCCUUUCCUCCUGAGUACUCGAGUUGGAGCUCUGUGCCGCAGGAGGUCUUAUUUGAUGCACAGAUUCGUAUAAGUGUGUCAAAGAAUUCUGCUCCCUUGGCCGACAAUAUACGAAGAGAGGCAUCCAACGCAGACUAUCUAUACAUAUGGACAGAUUGUGAUAGAGAGGGGGAGUAUAUUGGAACUGAAAUUUCAAAUGUUGCAAGGUCGGGUAACUCAAGAAUUCGAGUAUUACGCGCUGAUUUCAACAAUCUUGAACGAACUCAUAUUAUUCGAGCUGCUCGCAAUCCACGAAAUUUAAAUCAAUGGGCUGCAGACGCUGUUGCUGCUCGAAUAGAGCUGGAUUUCCGGCUGGGAGCAAUUUUCACUCGUAUACAAACGCUACAACUACAAAAGGCUUUUGAAAUCCUAAAAAAAAGAGUUAUCAGUUAUGGACCUUGUCAAUUUCCUACAUUAGGAUUUGUCGUCGAUCGUUGGCAGCGAGUGGAAGACUUUCUGCCGGAACAAUUCUGGUCCAUAAAACUACAGGAUCGAAGACAAGCAAAAACAGUAACAUUUAAUUGGAAGCGUAACAGAGUGUUUGAUCAUCUUGCUGCUCUUGUUUAUCUUGAACGGUGUCUCGAGGCAAAAGUUGCAAAAGUCACCAACGUUGUACAAAAACCCAAAACCAAGUACAAGCCGCUUCCACUAACUACGGUUGAGCUUACAAAACUUGGCCCCAAAUUCUUACGCAUUAGUGCGAAAAAAACACUGGAGAUCGCCGAGCAUUUAUAUACUAAUGGUUUUGUAUCCUAUCCAAGAACAGAAACAGACCAAUUUGAUCCAGGAAUGGACUUACAAACCUUAAUUAGCAAACAAACAAGCGAUCCUAGUUGGGGUACUUUUGCAUCCGAUCUACUUUCUGGAAACUUUCGAAACCCAAGAAGUGGGUCGCAUAAUGACAAAGCUCACCCCCCUAUCCAUCCUAUUGCCCAUGUAACACAAAAUGCACUUCCUUCACAAGAUCACUGGAAAGUGUACCAGUUCAUCACCCGUCGGUUUCUUGCUUGUUGUUCUGACCAUGCACGUGGUGCAGAAACAAUUGUUGAAGUAACUAUGGGCGAUGAACAAUUUUCUCAAUCGGGAUUGACUGUAUUAGAGCACAACUAUCUUGAUGUGUAUAUAUAUGAAAAGUGGAAUAGCUCAGCCCAGUUGCCCGUAUAUGAGAUGAAUGACGAAUUUGUUCCCCGUCAAGUCAACAUAAUAGAGGGGGCUACAACAUCGCCUACAUAUCUCACAGAGCCAGAAUUAAUUUCAUUAAUGGAUGCCAAUGGAAUUGGCACAGAUGCAACAAUGGCCGAACACAUUGAAAAAGUACAAGAACGGGAGUAUGUCUUAAAACGCAAACGGAAAGGCAAAGGUUCUGGAGCCGGUGUCUCGGAAUUCGUUCCGACUUCUCUCGGCGUAGCCUUAGUCAAAGGUUAUGAUGAAAUAGGGCUGGAAUGGAGUUUAACGAAACCGUUUCUUCGUCGCGAAAUGGAAGUACAACUUAAAAACAUUGAAAAAGGGCAGUCUUCAAAGAAUGUGCUUGUUGAAGUUACUCUCACGCAGUUUCGUGAUGUUUUUCAUUUGACAAAAACGAGAUUUGAAUGUUUGUUACGGAGAUGUAAAGAGUAUCUAGAAGGUCAAUGACGAAAACGACACAAAACAAGAAAUGCCUAGUUUAAACCGACACCUCGUAAACUAACAUCCCAAAAGCAAAUCUCAAACCCUUCCUUACCGCGCACAUCCGUCCCGUCCUUCAGAAUUCCCCCCGUUAUCGACUUUCAGUACCGAAACUGACUAUUGCACGCCCCCGGACCUACCGACACCUCCCCGAGCUAUACCAGCCCUAAGAUCAAGUACUUACUUCUGAACUGCCUUCCUUCCUGAACUACUUGCGUUCAUUUACAUACAAAUCUAU